AUGGGUGCUUCGUUUAUUAUCGGAGGAAGGCAAGUGCCGAGUAAAUAUCUUGCAUUAGCAACCUAUGCAGCGGUUGCAACACCUAUUCUGCUUCUUCGACUGCGAGCAAAAGCAAAGGAACCUGACCCUCGUUAUACGUCUCCUCCUAUAAAUGCUUCUUCUCCCGAGGAAGAAGCAUUUAUCAAGGAAUACUUGCUUGAAGCUGAGAAAAAAGAACACUAA